AUGGCUUUGCCACUGCCCAAGGCCAGCGUCAGCUACGAGGAACGGGAUCCAUAUCGCCUGGCCCAGAAGAUCCGCGCGUGGUCGACCAAGGAUCCCACGAAGGUGGGGAAAGUCUGCGAACGCGCGGACGAAGCGGCGCUCCGGGGCGCCCUUGGCGUCCCUUGGCAUCCAUUGGCCAGGCAGAUGCCGGCCAAUCUGCUGCAUGCCUUCCGUGCCGCUGGCUUCCAAGCGUUGGGGUUGCCCAGGGGCCACAAAAAAGCCAACACCCAUCCAAGCGCAAGUCUGGCCCGUGGCAGCCAGUGGAAGCGAUAUCAUUGGGAUCGCCGCUCGACCAUCCCAGCCUAUUUGUGGAUGGCCCGCCGCCCCGGAUCCGCCACCCGCGCGUUGUUGCUGGCGCCCACAAGGGAACUGGCCACGCAGAUCCAUGCGGAAGCCGUGAAAUUCGCCAGCGCCUCCGGCUUCGGCAGCGCCUGCGUCUAUGGUGGUGUUCCCAAGAAGGAUCAGCUGCCAGCUCUUCGCGCGGGCGCGCCCAUUCUGGUGGCGACCCCGGGGCGGUUGAACGACUUCCUGGAGUUCCGGCAACUCUCGCUGAGCUCGGUGGGAUACCUUGUCUUUGAUGAAGCAGAUCGUAUGCUCGACAUGGGUUUUGAGCCGCAGAUUCGAGACAUCGUGAAACAGGUCCCCAAGCAACGGCAGACCUUGAUGUUCAGCGCCACCUGGCCAACCAUCGGAUGGUCAGACCCAGAGAAGCCACGGAUUUGCCGGUUGAACUGGCACAAGGAUGGUCAUCCCCAGACAGAGGAAUACAAGCAGGUUCCCAUGGCAAUGCCUCAAAUGGCGGGCUAUCCCCAGAUGGCUGCAACUGAGACAGCACAUGGGGUGGGGCCGACCGGGGCACAAUGCGCACGCUCUCCUAGCCCCUCCCGGAUGAUGCACCCUGCGCAGCCGCAGCCCGCGCAGCCCGCGCAGCCCGCGGCACAGCUCUACCGCCACGUGGCAGCGCCGUCGCCACUGGGAAUGGCCACCCAGGCGGUGCCUUCGCCGUUGGUGGUGCGCGUUCCCGUGGCCUUGUCACCGACGCAGCGGCAUUUUCCAGCCAGUGUCUAUCCGAACCAACAGGUGCAGCUGAGCUGCGGCAAUAGCUCCCCGGCUCCCCCCGCACCGGUGCUGCUGCGCCGUCCCUCGAACGAUGGCACGGCGCCUGCAUGGAAGGAGAUGCAACAGCGCCUGGGCUACAGCGAGGCACCGCAAGUCGCAUCACCGCAGGUGCCGCCUCCGCACGCGUCGCCCACGUCGCCCACGUCGCCCGCGUCGCCCGUGUCCCCGGCGGUGUUGCUGGCCAAACCAGAGGCCAGAGCGUGCGGAGUGAAGGAAGGCAGAGCGAAACCACCUGCCAAUGCAGGGCAGACGUGCCCGACGCCGCCCGUGCCGAGCACACCGGUGGACCUGCCAUGGACACGACUGGCCUCGGAAGCUUUGGGGGAAGAUGGCACCUUGCGCAAUCCCUCUGGCGGCUGUGACGAUCUGAAACGCGAGAAGAAGGCCCCCGGCGAGCGAUCCAUGUCCCCAGCGCCCGAAGCGAAGGCGCGUGAAGCCAAGGUGCCCGAAGCAAAGGCGCCGGCACCGCUGCCGCGGAGGCCAAGUAGGGAGGCGAAGGCCGAAGACUUAGCUUGGGCCAAGCCCAGCUCCACCCCCACGUCCUCCCCGACGUCGCCCAACGUCCGCGCGCCGCGCACGCCAAACGCCUCACCGGCCUCGCCGGCCUCACCGGCCACCACCGCCGCCAGCAGCCCACGGCCGGAGAAGAAGCAGCCGAGCGCGGAGAAAAAGGCGACGGCGACGGUCCAUGAGAGGAAAGCGCCAGAGAAGGCGGCCAGCGCAAAGGGAGCCAUUGCAACCACAACGGCACACCGAGAUGAUUGGAAUGACGAAAAGCCCGUAGAAAGUUCCCUGAGUGCCUGGAAGAAAUCGCAGCAGCUGCUCUUCGGUAGGACCAAAACCGACGACGAAGACGCCGCGCAGACCUUCUGUCGCGAGAUGUUCAUCAGCCGUCGCCAGGGGAGGCCCGAGGAUCACUACCGCGUCCUGGGGGUAUUGGGUAAGGGCUCCUUCGGCGUGGUGCGGAAAGUGCAGUGUCGACAGACCAAGGCGAUGAGGGUCAUGAAGAUUGUGGACAAACAGAAAGCGCUGAGCGGGGGAUACCCCUUGAAACUUAUCAUGGAAGAGAUCGAUAAGCUGAAGAGUCUGGACCAUCCUGCAGUCCUCAGAUUGUUUGAGUACUACGCAGAUUCCAGAUCUCUCUAUCUCAUCACAGAUCUCCUCCCAGGUGGUGACCUUUUGGAAGCCGUGGAGAAGUCCUACGCGGAGCGGAAGCAGCUGCCGGAAGGUUGGGUCGCCGUGGUCUUCCGCCAAGCCUGCGAAGGUCGUGGAUCCCAAGUCUUUCUGUGGGUGCCGAGGUUUCUGGCCAUUUCGCUGCACAGUUUUCAGCACGGCCACGGAGCAGGUGUCGCGUAUUGCCACGCCAAAGGCGUCAUGCACAAAGAUCUGAAAUUGGAGAAUAUCAUGCUGUGCUCCAUUGAGCCCCCUGAAGCGGUGGUGAUUGACGUCGGCUUAGCAGAGCUCUUUCCACCCUCAGAGGCCGAGUCCUUCAAAUCCGCCGACGCUGCUGGCACCCUGGCCACCAUGGCGCCUGAGGUCAUUCGCGGCAGCUUCAACGUGCCAUGGCAGCGACACGCCAAAUGUGACGUUUGGUCCUUGGGCUGCUGUUUGUAUGCGCUGCUCUGCACCCGGCCGCGGCGUCUCCGGGACUCUCCAGAGACGGAGCCCAGCAAUUUGGAGGAUGAUGGAAGUUACUACAAUUACUUCUAUCCCUUUCGACCGCCUUUGGGAGAAUCGCGGAGCGAACUCAAGGCCUACCUGGAGCGCCAGAAGCGAGGCCCCGACCUUGCGAGGCUGCGCUGCGGAGCGGCUGCGGAUGACCUGGUGAAGGAAAUGUUGGCCUAUGAGGAGCCUUCCAGGUCGCAGAUGAGGCAAAUUCUGGCGCAUCGAUGGCUGCAGUCACGUGAUCGAGAGCAAGUUCUCGGUGCUGGACAAGUUGAUAGCCUACUUCAGUUUCACCGAACCAAUGCUUUGGCGCAGGCCGUGCUUUUAGAUAUGGCCUCCCAACUGCCAUUGGCUCAACUACGCGAGCUGACACAGCUUUUCGAAUCCAUGGACAAGGAUGGGAACGGCAUGUUGGAUCGGGGCGAGCUCACUGAAGCCUUGACAAAGGCAGGGCUGCAGCCAGAGCAAGCCAGACAGGCCGCCGUGCGUCUCUUAAGGGACGGCGGCGGGGCCGUGGAAUUCUCUCGUUUUGUGGCUGCUUUAGUGCCGUCCUGCCGCGACCUGCUCUCGGCCAAGCUGCUGCGCAGCAGCUUCGACCGCCUGGACGAGAACGGCGAUGGCUUCGUAAGCCGCGCAGAACUGCAGAGGUUGCUGGAGCGGGCGGGUUCGAAGCUGGCACAAGCCCAGCAACAGCUCGCGGAGAAGGACAAACUGCUGCAGAAGGCGAGCACCGCACACCUUCCAGGUGAUCGGGGCGAUCGCGUGCCGGAUUCCUCGGAUGACGAGUCGUGCCAAACCAGCGGUUCCAAGCGGCUUCGGGCAGCAAAGGCUGCGAGGAAAGCCUUUGACAACAUCAGCGGUGAAGGGAGAGUUCGGGUCUCCUUUGAGUCUUUGCACCGGAUAAACAAAAAGGCCUGGCCUGACUCAGCUCCUUUGCUCUGCGCCCUGUUGUGCCACGGUGCCACGGUCAUCAACCGGGACGCGCAUCCUGUUGAACCACCCAGCGCCAAUGAGGACAUCAGUCAGCAGGUCAUGGUGCUGGACGCCUCCCAGAAAGACGACGCCCUUCUGCAGGUGGUGCUUCGCGGAUCUGCGGACUCCGCGCGCAUCUUGGUCUUCGUGGCCAUGCGCAAGCAGUGUGACAUCGUGGUGCGAUGCCUGCGGAAGCACGCGAUCAACGCCAAUGCCAUGCACAGCGACAAGGAUCAACAGGAGAGAGAAGACGCCCUUGCGGACUUUCGCAAUGGCCGAGCCCGUGUGCUUGUGGCUACAGAUGUGGCUGCCAGAGGGUUGGACAUCAAAGAUGUGACGUUGGUGGUGCCUCUUGGCCAAGAGAAGCCGCAGAGACUUUCGUCCAAGAAGGUGACGCUGGAUGCUCCCCUGAAGGAAGCUGAGGUAGAGGACCGAGUCGAGGUGCUGGUCACAGCCGAGAGCGAGCUCGAGGACGUCACGCCGAUCCUGCCGGCGACUUCGGCGGCGAAGUCGCCCAGUUUGACGCCGGUGAGCCCUAAUGGACCCACCUUGCAGGAGGAAGUGGAUAGACUGGAGGCAGGCCUCUCAAGGUGUGUAGCUGAGUUUCGCGCGCAAGCAGAAGAGCUUUUGGUGAGGCAUUUAGCUGUGCUCGAUGAAGUUCAGGUGAUUCAUGACUCGCAGAUGUCCAACUUAGUGGCUGAGAACACCUUCCUACGGGAGAAGUUGGGUCUGAAAGUUCCGGAGCAGGUGACCAACAUCAUGUUCCAAAACAUGAUCGCAGAGCCGAAUCCGAAAAAGAGGCCCAGCAGAGGGAACCGCGCCUUCCAGGAUGAAGAGGAUGCGGGACCGCAAUCCUACAAGCAGAAGCAGGAGUCCACUGAGUCGUGCAAUGCUGUGCAUCCCGAUGCCAUGCCCAGCUUCCCAGCGUUCCCACCGCCGCCCGGGAAAAUGCAAAGGGGCAAGAAGGGAGCUCAGAAGCCAGGUGGCAGUUGGCAGGCCUUCAUGGCAUGGGUUCCCAAUGCUUCGGCCAUGCAGAUCGCCGAGCCCUGGAAGCCGUUGCCGCCGGAGCGGGAAGAGGAGAAGAAAGGCUCCAAGAACCGGACCGUCAUCAAACGCCCCCAGGGCGAGUUGGCCGUGUUGCCAGGUGUGACUGGAGAAGAGAAGUCACCCAAGGAGGAGGGCGACACGGACUCCGACAGCAACGAGGGCAACGGAGGGCCGGAGGAGUUCGAGAUGCUGGAUGUCUGGAGGGCCAGCGCCAAGGCCAUGAAGAAGCUCAAAGUGAAUGGCAUUCCCUCGGAGUCCGAAAGUUCGGCCCCAUGGCGGGGAGACGAGGAGGAUGACUACGAGGAGCCAGCUUCGCACGGAUGGAUUUUGAAUCCAGAUUCCAACACUCGAAUCGGCUGGGAUUUGGGCUCAUUGAUUAUGGUCUUGUAUGACAUGGUCACUUGGCUCGACAAACGAUGUGUGCCGGAAAUCGAGAAUGCUUUGCAAUGGGGAGCCGAAAGGCAAGCGUAUACCUUGCCAGAGAACUUGUUCUUAGACUUCAUGGUCACAGCCGACGGCUCAGUGGAGUAUGACAUCAAGAUCAUUUUGAAACGCUAUGCGAAGACUUGGUUGGCGAUGGAUUUAGUCAUUGUGCUUUCGGACUGGUCGGAGGUCAUCUUUUCUUCUGGAGGUGUGGCCAUGUUAAGCUUUGCCCGCACCACACGGAUUAUACGAAUCGUCCGGCUACUGCGCUUGGUGCGUAUGCAGGAGAUCAUGGCCAACGUCACAGAGCGCAUCCAGUCGGAGACGCUGGGCCCGCUGCUGCAAGUGAGUCCCGCUGCUGCACUGCGAAUCGGGGGCAAAGUCCUCAUCGUUCUGCUUGCGGUUUCGCACUUCACUGGGUGCCCCUCGGCGCAGACCAUAUGCCUCUGGUUUGCCAUAGGGGCGCGAGACACCACGGACAGCACCUGGGUCCAAGUCUUGGGCUACAACACUCAAGGAGUGGAUGCCCAGUACCUGGCCUCCCUCCACUGGGCGCUUUCGCAGUUCUCCGGUGGCAUGGACGAAAUCUCGCCGGCCUCGCCCAUUGAGCGGCUCUUCGCGGUGGCCGUGGGGGGCGCCAUUUUCGUCAUCGCCCUGGUGCCCGUGGGACCGCGAAAAUUCGGAGCUGUUGUCAUGCUGGGCGUCUUCACCUCUGGCCUCACCCAGCAGUACAUCAUCGGAGGGAGCGGUGCGAGGCAACUGGCGACAUUGAAGCGAUAUCUGAAGCAGAAUAACGUGGCCUGGAUGGUGUCCCGAGUAGACUGCGUCGACUGGAUUGUGUCCAAAGUGAUCACCAAGCGACUUGGCAAAAAAAACAGAGCCCUGGAGGAAGGAUCCAUCGAAAAGAGUGCUGAAUCCGUCGAACUCUUGCAUGUCAUCUCCGAACCGUUGAAGAUUGAAUUGUCCUUCGAAGCUCUGCGGAAAUUACCACGGUUGCUGUCCAGCACGGAUGUGAUUUUCAGCUUGGGUGAUUUGCCACCAGAGCCCAAGAUGACGCUUGCCUGGCAUCGGCAGAGUAGGAUGGUGAGGUAUAUCGUGGUGAGCGGCACCUUGGAAUACACCGACAGUUACGGCGAGGCGCAACGGGCGUUGCGGCGUGGCGUUGCGGGACGGCCCUGGGACGGCCGGGAUGGGGCAAGAUCAAGCCAGAUCAAGCCAGAUCAAGCCCUGGAGGUGACCAUGGUGGGUGAAAAGCGCUGCGUUUCCGAAGCGGCCUUGUGGACGACCUGGAAGCAUCGGGGCACCCUGACGGCUCUCAGUGAUGCGAAGCUGGCUAUGCUGGAUGUCCAAGGUUUCAUCGACAUCAGCCAGCGGUUCAUGAGAAAGAGUGACGCCGCGGGAGUGAAGUCCUGUGACAUAGCGAUUUUGUGCUCUUUGAAUGCGAUGCGAUUGAUUCCACCUGGGACGAUGACGCCAGUUGACUUGCGUAUUUUUUUUGCGGUCACGUCAGCCGAAAGGAAACUGGAGCUGGCCACGGUUCCAGGCCUGGCCGCCGCGAUGAAAAACAUGGCCCCAGCCUUGGCGAUUUUCAGGAACUACGACAGCGCCAACAGCACAGAGGACUACGUGCACCGCAUCGGGCGCACGGGCCGUGCGGGGCAGAAAGGAAGGAGUUUGACCUUCCUGACGCGGUCAGGUGAAGAUGCCUUCAAGGCGGUUGGCAUGGCCGCCGUGAUGGAGAAAGCUGGAUGCCCCAUCCCUGCGGAGAUGCAGCAACUGGUGGAACGUAUCCAAAGGAGACAGGAACAAGCAAAGUUGCGGGACCAGAAAUGGGACGAUUUGCCCAAGGUGCUGAUGGUGGCUGAGAAGCCCAGCGUAGCCAAGUUCGUGGCGGAGUCGCUCUGCGGCAACGGACGCCUUGGCACCCGCAAGGGCCAGAGCCGCGCAGUGCAGGUCUUUGAGUUCGUGGGCUGGUUCCCGCCCGCGCAGCAGAAGUGCCGCAUCCUGCAGACGUCAACCAUUGGACACAUCUUCGGGCUGGACUUCGAGAAUGGACGGCUGCAACCCGCUGAUCUGUUCUACAGCAAUGUGAAGAAAACGGUGGAGGCCAGUGUCGCGAAGAACCGGAUUGUGGAACAUCUCCAAGACUUGGGAAAACAGGCGGAAUACCUGGCUCUAUGGCUGGAUUGUGACCGUGAGGGUGAGAACAUUUGCUACGAGGUGAUGUCGCUGUGCGGCUCCAUCCCCGAAGAGAACGUCUACCGCGCGCAUUUCUCGGCCCUCACGGUGCCAGAGAUCAAGACGGCCUUCAGCAACCUGGGACGACCUGAUAAGCACCUGGCCAUGGCGGUGGAUGCGCGACAGGAGCUGGACCUGAAGAUCGGUGUGGCCUUCACGCGGCUCAUGACACGGACCUUCCUGAACUAUGCCAAGGAGAAGUUCCGAGUUUGGGACCAGACGGUCUUGAGCUACGGCCCUUGCCAGACGCCUACCUUGUGGUUUUGCGUGGAACGGCACAAGGAGAUUGAGCAGUUCACACGGCGAGAAGUUUUCACACCCUUGGUAACUGUGAAUAUUGCAGACUACCCUGUAGAGCUCAGCUGGUCUUCCAGCAGUACCUUCGACGAGGCCAAAGCCGGGCAAUUGGAGCAACAACUGCAGGCAGCAGGCACGGCGACUUUUUUGAGGAUCGAUUCCACAAGGAAGCAGGCGAGACGCCCCGUAGGCCUCAACACGGUGCAGAUGCUGAAAGCCUGCAGCAGUCGACUGGGGAUGUCCCCGGCAGAGACCAUGAGAGUGGCUGAAGGCUUGUACUCCGCUGGCUACAUCUCUUAUCCGCGCACGGAAACCACCAGGUAUUCGCAGACCUUUGACCUGGCAGCAGCGCUGAGGGAGCAAGCUGCACACCCCAUGUGGGGAAGAACGGUGCAAAUGAUCUUGUCCAACCGACAGCUGCGAGCACCGGCCUCGGGCACCGAUAAAGGCGAUCAUCCGCCCAUCACGCCAAUCAGGGCUGCCCACAAGGAGGAGUUCAACAAGGGCAAAGAAUGGAAACUCUAUGAAUAUGUUACCAGGCAUUUCAUCGCAUCGCUGAUGGAAGAUGCAGCCUACGAUGAGGUCAGUUAUGUUUUUGACGUGGCUGGAGAGCAGUUUGCCUACACCUAUCACCAUGUGGUGGAGCGCGGCUUCUUCUACGCCACGCCAUGGAAACCCCGGGACCUGAAGCUUGAGGAGAUUGACUGGGACAUGCCGGAGAUGGCACAAGGGCAGCAGUUCAAAGUGGAUGAGGUGACCCUAACGCGCGAUACGACGAAACCACCGGACUAUCUGAAGGAAAGCGAGCUCGUAGCCCUGAUGGACAAGAACGGCAUCGGAACGGACGCCUCCAUCCCGCAACACGUGCAGAAUGUGGUGGACCGGCACUACGUCAUGAUCUGCGGACCUGGCGGUGAUGGACAGAGGGGGGAGGUGAUCUCCAAAGGCAGAGGAAAAGGUCGAAAAGGGAAGGGCAAAGGCAAGAUGGUGAAAGGCGAAGAUGGACGGCCAGCCUCGAGGCAUAUGGUCCCAACGCCCAUGGGUCUGAGUUUGCUGGCCGCUUUCGAGGAACUGGAUCCACAGCUAUGCCGACCUCCUAUCCGUGCGUUCAUGGAGAAGCAGGUGGCACAGAUUGCAGACGGGCUCUUGGAGAAAUCUGAAGUUACGGCGCAGAAUUUGGAUUUGUUUCAUUCCAAGUUCACAAAGUUCAGUGAGAACAUCAGUCGCCUCAACCGCUUCUUCAUGCGGAAGGAGGACCUGCAGGGCCUGCAGGGCACAGGCCAGAAACGUGAGUGGUCCGAAUGGGAGGACCAUUCGGCCAAGCGAAUGAAGUUCUCCAAAGGCUCAUGGCCAGGUGCUGGAUUUGCCAAAGGAUCCAAGGGUGGAAAAGAUGAAAAAGGUGGAAAAGGAGCAAAAGGAGCAAAAGGAAAAGGAGGAAAAGGAGGAAAGAAAGGUUGAGGACAGCUGGCGGCUGUUGUGCCGCGGUGACAAAGCUCACCAUGCUGCAACGCAACCACUGCAACCGACAGCAACCGACAGCGGAGGAUUGGCUGCCCCAAACCAUAUAUAGAUCCUGAGACGCCGCGCGGUGCAACACGGUAUAUCUUAGAGUUGAAUCAGAGAGGUCUUUUCUUUGCAGCGAG